UAUCAUUUCUUCCUUCCUCUUCUUGCCUCUUUCCUUACAGUUAGAUCUGACAAUCAGAUGAUCAUCAGCAGCAAACAACAUCAUCAUUUUCAUCAUCAUCUUCAUCUUCACCGUCUUCUCUAUUAUUAUCAUUAACUGCCAUCGGAAACUGCAGCAACACUUUGAUCAUUUUGCUGUUGAAAACUGAUUGUCACUUCUUGUUUGGCAUUGUUUUAUUUUGUUUGUUAAAUCUCUUGUUUACUUAAUCAUCUUUUUUUUUCACUUCAUUUUCACAUUUGUUAUUAAUUGUGCUUCCACUCAUUUGGAUGGUGUUCAAUUCAAAUUGUUUCAUCUGCAACAACAAUUUGACAACAAUCAACAAUCUUUAAUAUCCAUUGAUUUAUCGUUGCAACAAUUGACAUCAAUGUUGAUCACCAACAUGGAUCCACACUAACCUACCAAAUCAACUUGACCAACUGUUGUUUGUUAACUUAACGGCAAACAACAUUAACCCUCACCAUAAUAAUCAGAAUAAAAAAAAGAAAUACUUUAAAGCUGAUUUAAAUAUAUUCAUUUACUAAUAACAACCUUCAAGAUUGUCCUUUAUUGUCAUCAAAUUAACCGUAAAUCAACAUGUUUUCAAGGCAAUUAAACUCAUCCUUAUUAACACUUCUAUUGGUACUGUUAAUCAAUAACCAAAAGAGUCUGGUCAUUUGUUCAAAUAAUUUCAGCCAAAUUCAAGGUCAAGCCUCAAAUCCACAAAUAACAUCAACCACCACAACAACCGAAUCACCAAGAUACAUUCCUCAACAUCAAGCAUACUCAGAUGAUGCCUCAAGUCAUUCACUUUCACCGUUAUCCACAGCAAGUCAUUCAAUUAAAGAAUCAAGACGAUCAUCGCCAUUACAUUAUGGCUCAAGUUUAAUAUCACCUCGAAAUGAUUUACUUAUGGCUGCAACCUCUAAUUCACAACAGCCAUUCAUGAUUCGAUCAGGUUUCGGUUUACACUCUGGUGACUUUCAUGGUAACGGAGCUUCGAACGGUGGCUCAUCAGCUGGACUAACUCUUCAUCAUCAGUCAUCAUCACCUCAUCAUCACCAUCAUCACUCAAGUUCAGCCAACUUCUACAGCCAACGAGAUCUUUCAUCAGCUGGUUCAAGUCCCGCCGAUUAUACAACUUCAGGUGCUGGCUUUCUUUUACCUGAUAUGCAAUCAGAGGCAACUUCAAAUCGUCUCUAUGAUUUGGCUUUGGCAAGCAGUGAAAAUGAACGCACUAAAGCUUUAUUAACAAGCCGUGUUCGCUCAUCAAACGGUUUAUCUAGCUCAUCAGGUUUGUCUGGAUCUUCUUCAUCUGCUUCUGGCUCUUCAUCUUCCGCUUCAGAUUUUUCUUCUCUUGAUAACGGUCCUGUUUCAGGAUCUUCGUCCUCCUCUCAGGCUGAAUCAGAUCUUGCAAGCUACCUUAAAGCAGCUGCUUCUGAAGCUGCUGCCUCAUCAGCUUCUGCACCCACCGCUGGCGGCCCUCAAGAUAAUGGUAAUCCUAUGGUAUCAAGCUCACAUAACCUUGGACGACGAAAGCCACUUUACGCUGAACGAGUUGUUGAAGAACAACACAUAUUCGACCCUGCAGUUACAAAGCAUUUACUUCAAAAACAACGAGAAAAUGAAUAUGCAGCCAAUGCACUUAUGGAAUCAGGACUUUCAGCUGAAUCACCUGCUCCUAGUGAAUCUGAUUUAGCACAACAGUUAGCUGCUAUGUCUGAUUUACAUUCGAACCAUCCAGGCUCAUCUUCCGCUUCAGAAUAUUUAUCAUCCGGUCUCUCACUCAACCCAAAUUCAUUCUCAUCCCUCAACGAAUACUCAGCUCUCGGAGGAGGUAAUGGACCUAACGGUGGUGCCGGUGGUCUUAGAGGUUUCUCUUCCCUUGGUGGACUAUCUUCCCUCGGCGGUCAGGGUUUAGCUACUUCAGCUUCUUCUCUUCCUUCAAUGAUUACUCCAUAUGCAUUAGCAGCCGCUAAUUCUCUACCUCGAAGUCCUGCAGGUGUACCUGCUGGCGCAAUUGUAGGAGCUCCUGGUUCAGCUCCUCCACCAGGAAUGAAACUCGCUGGUUAUGUAACCAUGACAAAUCCAUCACCACCAAUGAUGAAUCCACAAGUUUCUUCUUCAAUGGUUAAUCCAAUGGCUUUAAUGGCUCAAAAUAUGGGUAACAAUGGCGGCGGUCAAUCAAUGGGUGGUGGACCUGGAAUGAGCAAUAUGGGUGGCGGAAUGGGUGGUAGCCCUCAAGCUCAAGCUAUGGCACAAAUGAUGGCACAAGGUAUGAGCCAAGGAAUGGGUCAAGGAAUGGGACAAGGAAUGGGCCAAGGAAUGGGUCAAGGUAUGGGUCAAGGUAUGAAUCAAGGUGGAUUCAAUGGACAACAAGGAAUGAAGUAUCCAUUUAACCCAAUGGCUUUUGGACCUGGUGCUGCUGGACAGAACCAAGCACUUCAAGCACUUCUUGGUGGAGCUAUGGGCCAAGUCGGACAAGCAGCACAAACUGCAGCCACAACAAGUAGUCCAGCAUCAGCUAAUGCUGGAACAGCUUCAGCUUCAACAUCACCAAGUACAAGCUCUUCUUCACAAUCAAGGAAUCGUUUCUUCAGUCGACUUAACCCACUCAAUCUAUUCCGAAGAUUCAGAAUCCGAGGAAACAAUGCAGGAUCUACAUCAACUGAACCCUCUGUCGCUGAAGCAGAAAAACGAUCAUCAGUAGUUUCUGAAUAUUACUCAGCUCAAGGACAGCAAAGAUUUGGCCGUUAUCCAUUCCAUCAAGUAGGACCACAAUACACCCUUUAUUCAUACGAUCAUCCUGCCUUUCAUCACAGACGUGCUCGACGAUCAGUUCAAUCAUCAACUGAUAAAUCAAAUACACAAAUCUUAGCCUCAGAAACAUCAACCGAUGCUGCCAAUCAAAAUGAUACAGAAACUGCUGAAAAUUAUUAUCCAUUUCCAGGAAAUUAUUUCAUGCCAGCUUCAGGACGAAUGAGAUUCCCAAAUAGUGAAGGACGUAGACGAGGAUCUCGAAGAUAUUCUGGUCCAGGUUAUUUAAGUUCAGUUGAAAAUCGAGGUGUUGGUAUCAUGGGAUCAGGUAACUUUGAAGUUAUUAGAGGAGGAAUUUUACCUGGAAAGCGUAAUUUAAGGCCCCAUUCAUCAAUGGCCAAUGUCAAUGAUAAAGAAAAAGAUGAUUCAGGUUAUUCUGACGACGAUGAUUCUAAUAAUAAUAGUAAUAAUAAUAACUCAGAUGAUGAUAAAUCAUCUGUAUUUUCUCCUUUAGAGGAUGAAUUUUUCUCAGCUGGUAGUCCGGGUAUCUUGGGAUUCCAAGGUUUUAAUCACUUUUCAGGUUCAUCUUCAGUUUUCAAUAAUUUAUCUGCAAGUCGGCGUAAGUCAGCUGUAUUGACUGGUGACAAAGGUUCAGAAGCUUUAGCGAGUGAAAAAUCAUCAACAGCAACUGAUUUACAAGCCAUCUCAUGAAGAAGAUAUCUUUUAAGUUAAUUAAUUAUUAAGAUAGUAAAAAUUUAUUAUAAAAGCUUAAGAAUAUGAAAAAAUAUGAAAAUAAAAAUAAACAAAAGAAAAUGAAGCAAAAAUGUUUGCUCAGUUAAAAGUGAACUUGAAAUCACAGAAAAGUUAAUCUUGAGCAAAGAUUCUUGUUUGAAAACAUCAAUACACUUUCUGUAUCCAAAAAUUUUGUCAAAACGCUAAUUAUCAACCAAAAAGGACUAUUGAAAGAGGACAAUUGAAUAUUUAAAGUAUUUUUAUUGGUGUAAACUCACAACUAUCGCAAUGAUUAACCAUUUCUCAAUUACCAUCCUCGACCAAAAAACAACAUCGAAAUUUAAUCAAAUGCAAUAAACAACUUAAAUCAAACAAGGGGAUCAAACUAUAGACUUAUCAACAAAUGACAACCAAAAAAUAGCCACCGUUAAUGAACGUUUUUUUUUCUUCGUUGGACCAAACUUUUUUUAAUUAUUAAAUAUUGGAUUUUUUGUCCACUCUUUCCGAAACCAAA